AUGGCUUUCACAAACACCAACAACAAUGUUUGUGAUCGUUCGUCGAUAGAUUUUUGUUCUAGCACCCAUGUCAAAAUUUGUUCUCUUUUAACAUUAGCUUCGUGUUCUUGUUCCACAACAAAAGAAACAAAACAACCCAUUGAUCAUUCUUCCACCAAGAAGAGGAAACUUGUGAGCAAAGAAACCAAUAAUACAAAAAAGAAAAAGGGUUGCUACGAAGAAAACAAAGGGUUCUUGCUUGAUGAAGAAUUGGUAGAGGACCUUGUGAUUCCUGUUUUGGGUGUUGAUAAUAAUUAUGACAUUGGAAUUGAAGUUAGUAUUUGGGAUUUGGACACUAACUCUAUGCAUUCUCUAGUUUUCAGGAGGUGUCCUUUUUCAUGA